GAAUAAACAGUCUCCUCUCUCCCUCCCUCCUUUGUCUCCAAUAUGAAAGUGAAAGCAGCAGCAGCAGCAGUCGGUCUUUGCUCAGCCAUUAUCUGACAGGGAAGGGAUGGGAAAUGGCGCGGCCGCUGCUGGAUACAUUCUGCCUUCUCUCCUGGAUUUGCUGCAGCUCAUUCUGGAUCCUUCCUACAGAUGCAUUACUGAAGAUAGGGGAUGAGGAGCCCCCAACUGUUACACUGGGAUCUGAUGUGAUCCUCCCCUGUACAUUCAGUGUGGGUCAGCCUGUCAGUCUGCAGUACCUUGCAAUACUUUGGACCUUCCAGAACAAAAUGCUGUUCAGACUUGAUAACAAGGGGAAGCAGCUCAGCCCAAGGGUGACAUUCAGCGACGCAGAUGCCACGAAAGGGAUUGCUUCUGUGCAACUUCACAACGUCUCAGUCGCAGAUGCCGGCGUCUACACGUGUACAGUAAUCUACAGCCCUGACAGGGACACAAAGGAUAUAAUGCUAAAAGUUCAGUCUCUUCCUACAGUUGAAUUGUUAGAGAGAGUAACCAAUGAACAGAGUAUGAUCGUCUGCUCGGUAUCCCGGUUCUACCCAAAGAACAUCACCGUGACCAUAAUACAGGAAGGAAAGGACGUGAUCAGUUCUACAUUGUCCAGUUACCAACAGAAUCCCGAUGGCACAUUCAAUUUGAGCAGAACACUGACAUUAGAGGACGCGGUGAAACAAAUAUCCAUGUCUUGCAGAGUCCAACAUGAAUCUCUUGCUGAGCCCAUCAAGAAAGAUUUACUGCUGCUGCGUAAAGGUGCUGAUGAAUCCAAUAACGCUGUUGUGUUUGGAGUUGUUGGUGCCUGCGUGGUGCUUCUUGUCGUUGUGAUCAUCAGUAUAAUCUACUGCAAAUUUGGAAGGAAAAAAGGUCUGGAGAAGUUUACGAUGGGUGACAUUCAGGGGCCUCCGGUUUGGAUAGAUGGGGAAAAGCUCACCCUUUACUGUACAGCAUCCAGUUGUCCCCAGGAUGUCAAAGUCUCUUGGAUGCUAAAGGCACAAGAUGGCACAGAGAGUGAAUUCUCAGAGGCUGGUACUGGGGAGGCAGAGGAGGAACAGCCUCUUAUCUCCAGAGAAUAUAUUGUAUCUAAGGAAAAGACCACCAGGCCACAAAAGAACGGCCUUUGUGAUUAUUCCAGCACUUUCUGCUUCAUUCCAUCCACAUCAAGGCACCUUGGCUCCUCUGUCUCCUGCAAGUUUGUAUGCGGUGGGAAAACCCAGGAGAAGGCCUUCCAGUUUAAGGCUAUUCAAGCCAAACCCAGGUUUAUUGAGCCAAUAAGUAUCAGCCUUUGUGACUCUGGGAAUGUCCAGCUAUUAGCCACCCUGGAGAGGUUCUACCCUAAGGAGGGAAUCAAGGUCACUUGGAGAUGUAACAAGGAAAAGCCACCAGAGACAAAUGCACCAAUGGAUGAAUUGAUUACACACCCUGAUAAUACUUUUACUGUUAGAAGCAAAUAUGAAAUUCCUGGGGAUCAGUUCAAGGAUCCAGACUUUAAAGUGUGCGUCUCAUGGAACCAUGAUUCUAUGGAGAAAGCCGAGUCCAGGGAAGUGAGCGUGAAAGAUUUCCCAUGGCGCCCAACUAUGGACGACAUUCCCUUACAGAGUGAGAGAGAGAACAAUAAAUUACGACUGAGCUGUAAUAUCUCCAAUUACUUCCCUGAUGCUCUCACCGUCAGUUGGUUUGGGAAGAAGAAAGGGAGUCAGGAACUGUUUCCUGUAACUGGAAAUGACAUUUAUGUUAUACAAAAGCCCCAGUCUGAAAGGGGCACAAAUUACACAUAUAAGUGCAAAGCGUGUUUGGUUCUGCCAGUGCCAGAAAGCACGGAGCAGGAAAUGGAAUAUAUCUGUAGGGUGGAGCACCCAAGCCUGAAGGAACCAAUACAAGGGGGCACUGGGCAUGUACAGAAGUAUGGAGAGAAGCAAAGCUUCAUUGUGCAUCACAUUCAGGGGCCACAGAGGUGGCAAGAAGGAGAGAAGGUCACUCUGUAUGGUACUGCCCUGUACUGUAAGAAGGAUGUUCAGGUGACCUGGAUAGUGACCGAGAGGGAUGGAACCAUAAGGGAAAUCCCAGAUGUUACUAAGGAUACAGAGGAGAAGCCGGGGGCCAAUGACUAUGUGGCUUGUAGGGAGAGGAGUGACGAUUCAGACCGCGAGGGACUCAUAGACAUUACCACAUCCCUGAGCUUCACUGCUUCAGUCUCGCGGCACAAAUCCAUGAGCCUCAAAUGCAAGUUUGUCUGUGAUGGGAAAUCCUCUGAAAAACUCUUCCAAUAUAAAGAUCUCUGUGCCAAGCCCAAGCACCUGAAGCCAAUAGAAUUCUCUCUCCUUGAGAAUGGGGAGGUGCUGUGUUCCCUCAGCUUGCAGCAGUUUUACCCUAAAACCAUGCAGAUCAGUUGGGGCGCUGGGGUCCCCCCUUCCUAUGACAAGAUGGAGUCAGGUCAGGAAGUGACAGACUCGGGGCUCACGUAUGAUCUUCUCAGCAAAUGUAGAAUUCCUGGGCGGCUUCUCCGAGAUCCUGACUUUACUGUCAGAGCUUCUUGGAAACACGAGUUCAUGAGUGACUGGGAAUCCACCCAACGGUCCCUCAGAGACCCAGGUUUUCCAUGGAAACCAGUAGUCCAGAACAUUCCUCUGCCCAAUCUCUUUGCUAACAAUCCAGUCACACUGAUGUGCCAAGUCUCUAAUAUCUUCCCUGAGUCUGUGACUGUGAAGUGGUUCAGGAGGGAAAAGGAUGGAGGGGACUUGUUCCCAGUGUCUCACAGUGAGAAGUACAAGAUCCCAGAAGUUACUCCAGAGAAGCAAGAAGACAAGACAUUUCAGUGCCGAGCCCGUUUAACCUUCACCCCAACUGUUAGCUCAGAGCAUGGAGCUGAAUUCAUCUGUAGGGUGGAACAUCCCAGCUUGGAGAAACCAGAGGAGAGGAGAACGGGUCCCCUCCACAUAGAAGAGGAGAAGAAGUUUAUUGUGAAGGACAUUCAGGGGCCAGACAAAUGGACACAGGGAAGAGAAGUCACUCUCUAUGCAAUGGCUUCUUACUGCCCCAAGGAUAUAGGGGUGAUAUGGAUUAUAAGGGAGAGAGAUGGAAAAGUGUGGGAGAUCUGUGACACCCCAACAGAAAGAGGCAACAAGCCCACAGCUCCAGGACCCAGGAGAUACGUGGUAACUAGAGAAAGUACUGAUCCAUCAGACAAAGAGGGACUCAUUCAUGUGACAAGUUCCAUGAGAUUUACCCCCUCUGUAUCUGCCCACUCUGGGGUGAGUCUCAUGUGCAGGUUUGUCUGUGAUGGAAAAACUGAGGAGAGAGAAUUUAAGCCCAGAGCCCUCUAUGCAAAACCCAAACUGUUGGAGCCAAUAAAGCUGGAACGGUGUAACAACGAGAAAGUGAAAUUCUCCCUAAACCUUGGGAAAUUUUAUCCAAAAGACAUGGAAAUCAGCUGGACGUCUGGGGUGGGAGCUUCUCAGAAAAAGAAGAAAUCAAAUGACCAACUGCAGGAAAAUCCCAACCGGACAUUUAAUAUCCAAAGUACCUGCACAAUUUCCCAGAGAUCCUUCCGAGAUCCAACGGUUAAAGUGUGUGUGAGCUGGAAACAUGAAUCCAUGGGAAAUCCUGAGUCCAGAGAAUUUUCUCUACAAGAUUUAGGUGACAUUUGGCGCCCAAUAGUGGAAGCAAUCCCCCUCCAUCAGAUAGUGGUGGGCCGGCAGGUUGCCCUGCAGUACAGAAUCUCUGGGUAUUUCCAUGAUGCCCUGACUGUGAGUUGGUAUAAGAAGGAGAAGGGGAGAGAAGAGCCGGUUCCUAUUACUGGGGAAGGGAAGUACAAGAUCCCAGAUUCUGUAACCAAGGAGAUGGGGGAUGGGACUCUCACCCAUACGGCAAGUUUGGUUUUCUCUCCAUCCCUGAGUGAGGAACAUGGGGCAGAAUUUAUCUGCAGAGUGGCACAUCCCAUUCUACAGGAACCCAUAGAGAAGAGCAGCGGCCCAUUGUUUGUCUGGGCUAAACCCAAACCCCUGGGAGAUAUAAAGCCGACCCUCUGUGGGGCAGGAGAAGUUCUGUUGUCCUUCAGCCUUGGGAGCUUCUACCCAAAAGAUCUGACUAUCAGUUGGGCCAGUUGGGUGGGAGAUUCUCAGCAAUUACAGGAAUCCACUGACCAACUGCAGGAAAAUCCCGACCUGACAUUCAGUAUCCACAGUGACUGUAGAAUUCCUGGGAAUCUCUUCAACAACCCAAGGUUUAGGGUCUGUGUGAGAUGGAACCAUGGAUCCAUGGGAAAUCCUGAAUCCAAGGAAUUUACUCUAAAGGAUUUGGGGCCUGAAGCUCAUCCUAUAGUUUUACCCCAACCAGAGACUGAUGGGGAGCCCCAGCCUGUACUUUCACCCCAACCAGAGACUAAUGGGGAGCCCUGGCCUGUACUUAUACCCCAACCAGAGACUGAUGGGAAGCCACAACCUGCGGUUAUACCCCAGCAAGAGACUGAUGGGAAGCCCCGGCCUGUAGUUCUACCCCAACAAGAAACUGAUGGGAAGCCCCGGCCUGUAUUUAUACCCCAACAAGAAACUGAUGGGAAGCCCCAGCCCGUAGUUAUACCCCAACCAGAGACUGAUGGGGAGCCCCAGCCUGUACUUAUACCCCAACCAGAGACUGAUGGGAAGCCCCAGCCUGUAGUUAUUCCCCAACCAGAGACUGAUGGGAAGCACCGGCCUGUACUUAUACCCCAACCAGAGACUGAUGGGAAGCCCCAGCCUGUACUUAUACCCCAACCAGGGACUAAUGGGAAGCCUCAGCCUGCAGAUAUACCCCAGCGAGAGACUGAUGGAAAGCCAUGGCUUGAGGUUACACCCCAACCAGAGACUGAUGGGGAGUCACGGCACGAGGAGGAAAGAGAGAAGGCCCGACCCCAGAUGCCCCAGCCGGUGGAUAUAACCCUCUGUUGUGACUCCGGGAAUGUACUCUUCUCUCUGAAGCUCCUGAGUUUUUACCCCAAGGAGAUACAGACUGAGUGGCACCUCAUAGCAGGAAAGAAUAAAAAUAAAUUACAUUCAGCACCAAGUUUCACCCAGAAUCCUGAUCUGACCUGGAACAUUGAGAGUAACUUCACAAUUCCAGGGCACAGAAUUAAAGAUCCAAAGUCCAGAGUGUCUGUUACCUGGAAACAUGAAACCAUGGAAGGUCCAGAAACACAGGAAAUAUCAGUUCUAGAUCCAGAUUUCCCUUGGGCCCCAGAAUUGGGGGAGAUACUGAGCCACAGACUUAUCCCUGGGAAGGAGGCCACAUUGCUGUGUAAGAUCUCUGGGUGCCACCCUGCUGCCCUGACAGUGAGUUGGUACAGAAGGGAGGAAGGAAACCAGGAGGGGGUCCCCGUGAGUCCGGGAGAGAAGUACAAGAUCCCCAGACCCAGAGAGAACUAUACACAUUUCUCCUGCACUGCCACUUUGUCCUUCAUCCCUUCCCCACUCACCGACAAUGGGGUGGAAUUUAUCUGUAUGGUGGGACAUCCUACUCUAGAGCGCAGAGUAUGGAGAGGGACCGGCCCCCUGAGAGUGCAGGAGCAACGGAAUGAAGCCCCUACAGCAGAACUGGGACCAACCAACCCUGCAAUGGAGGCAGAACCCGAGCCUAAUAGGGAAGAGCUAAUGGAUACCACUUAGAUACCACUAAUACUCAGUAACACUAUGGAGAGGCGCUCUGAGCCGAGUACCCGGGGAUUCAGGUUGGCCAGUCUGUGGGAGACCCCAUUGUUUUAUUUCAGGAGAAGUCGGGCAGUUGGGCCAUAAAAGAUGAAGGAAUGGAUACUAGUGAGAUAUAAAUGAAGGACCCGGUAUAGAUCAGAAGGAUAACAGAGGAUGUACUGUGUAAUAACUACCUACACUGUAUUGCAUCUGUUAUUCACCCAUUAACCCUUUGUGGUAAUAUUUUUGUAAAUAAAUAAUCUUAUUAACAAGUACAAAGGCGACUGUAACCCAGCACCCAAUCCCAUUCUCAUUUCAUUAUUCUAAUUGUAUUAGAUCAGUAAAUGUAACUGUUGAAUGGUUGCUAUGGGUUACUAGAACUGGAGCAAACUCCCCACUUGUUAUUACAUUUCUUUCCCCUGUGGGUUUGUGCAGUGUAAUUGCACCACAAAUUCAUCUUCAGUUUUUAUAUUGUCUGUUUUAUAAUAAAAUCUAUCAAUGUGUCUGUUCCA